AUGGCUGCUACUCCCAUGUCUGAUCAGUCGUCAUCUAUGGCUACUUCCGUUACUAGAUCCAGCCUUCUGCCUACUUCACUCGAGUUCUUAGAGAGCCUCGAGAUGAUUGAUUUUGCUGCUGUAGACUUAGAAGCUGUGGAAAGUGACCUUAUGGGCUUCAAGCAGGACUUGACCACUUUUCAAAUGGAAUUACAGGAACAGAAGCAAACAGAAUUGCUGGAUGAGCAACUCGCUGAACUCCAAAAGGAGUUCGAAAUUUCUCCUACCAUUGACAGCACCUUCUACUCAGUGUACAUGUCGAACUUGGGCGAUGAGGGCUUGCGGUAUUUGGAGAUGUAUAAGGAAUAUUGUACGUUUAUUACAAUCUCCGAAGAUUCACUGAAUUACUUUCGCAAGACAUUCAUGGGUUUAGCUACUCGAAGCGAACCCAUCCUUUAUGCUGUGACUGCCUGGGGUGGCUUUUAUCAUGAACUUGGAAAGAACAAGGGUGAUUUUUCCAAGCCAUGGCUGUACAUGCAAAAGGCAGCCAAGCUGAUGUGCAACCUCAUUGGUGAUAAUUUGAAACCCAACAACAAGGAAGACUUCUUUGUCCUAUUUGCAUUUUACUUGAUAUUUAUUGGCAUAGAGGUCUGCACUGGUGAUGUACGUAACUGGGGUGGCUUCCUCGGCCUGUGUUCGCAGUUAAUAAAAUCGUUUGGGGGCCUGGCUCGAGUCUCUGAGAUCUUUAAUCAUUCUAAUGACAUUCAGUGGCUCCUUUCCGAUUUCCAAUUCCAUGAUAUCCUCUCGUCACAUGCUUUACUCAAAGGCACCUUGUUUCCCGUUGAGGAGUAUCGAGCAGUUCUUCGAAUGGACAUGAGUUAUGGAAUCGACCCAUUGCAGGGAAUUAAUGCUCCUAUUUUCUAUCUUAUUGCCGAGAUCGGAAACAAAAAGGUCGAGCUACGCAAAAAAUGGGCCCUGAUAGAGGAACACAUUCGAAAUGGUGAUGAAAAUGCCCUAAGAAUGAGGUUGCAAUAUUAUGAGGAAAUGGAACAGUCAGCGGACUAUUUCACAAAACAAAUUGAUGCUGUCACUCCACGGAGUAGUAUGAUCGAGUUGAUUAAACAGGACAAGCGUGAGUACAAGAUUCACAAGAGUCUCUUCGACUUGUAUGUUAUCAUUGCCCGUAUGCAAUUGGGCACUAGCAUUAAGCAACUUCCCCCUUCAUCAGCGCACCAGCAACUCCUACUCAUGAAGGCUAUUCAGCUUGUGGACUUCCUUAUACCCUCCAAAGCUAAGGUGGCUCUCUCAUUGCUGCUUCUUAUUUGUGGAAUGACAUGUGUUGUCCAGCACGACAGGGACGAGAUGAUUCAGAGAUUCAGAAAGCAUCUGAAACAGUAUGAAAUUGGUAACUUUCAACGUGUGGAGGAGCUAGUGGAGUAUGCAUGGACCCGUAACCCAUAUGGUCAUGAGUGCAUUGAUUGGGCACAGUUAGGGAACGAGAAAGGCUGGAACUUAAACGUGGCAUAG